UCAUUCCAUCAGCAGUUUGUCUCCAAAGAUGCUGUUCGCCAAAACGCUGAAAAGCUCCAUUGCGCACCGCGAUGUGACAGAAGAGGGGCGACUUUCCUCGUGGAGCGUUGUAUUGUGAUAUUUUCGGAACCCCGUGUGCGCGUUGGGAUCAUUUGGAGAAUUCAAUGUAGGGUUUGCUGUUUGAGGAGAUGGAGAUACCUCUGUGCAAGAACUGCGUCUUCUGCGGGCUACACUCGGUUAGUAUUAACCAGGAGCGUUACGCACAACACAUCUCCAUGCGCCCGAAGAAGGCAACUCGGCGCACCUAGUCGUCGGAAACGAAAAGGGUGCCAAACAACAAACAUGAGACGAAAGGACAAAUCGGAGCCAGAAUGGAUUCAACCCAGUUAAAUGUGUCGGUGGAAAACGUUUCCAACAAUGACAACAGUACGGACGCACCGCUUGGCUUGCCACACACGGCGGCAGCCACUGCGCUCAUCAUCAUUGUGGUUACUGUAAUCAUCUCUGUGACCAUUGUCGGAAACGUGUUGGUGAUUGUAGCGGUGCUGACCAGCCGGGCUCUCCGUGCGCCCCAGAACCUGUUCCUGGUCUCUCUGGCAUCAGCGGACAUCCUAGUCGCCACGCUGGUCAUCCCCUUCUCCCUCGCCAAUGAGGUCAUGGGCUACUGGUACUUUGGAAGCACUUGGUGCGCCUUCUACCUGGCUCUGGACGUGUUGUUCUGCACCUCAUCCAUCGUGCACCUGUGCGCCAUCAGCCUGGACCGCUACUGGUCAGUGACAAAGGCGGUCCGUUAUAACCUGAAGCGGACACCUAAGCGCAUCAAGUCCAUGAUCGUUGUAGUGUGGGUAAUAUCUGCCGUCAUCUCCUUCCCUCCUCUUCUCAUGACCAAACAUGAUGAACGGGAGUGCCUGCUGAACGACGAGACCUGGUACAUCCUCUCCUCCUGCAUGGUGUCCUUCUUUGCUCCGGGUCUGAUCAUGAUUCUGGUUUACUGUAAGAUCUAUAAGGUGGCCAAGCAGCGCUCCUCCACCGUGUUCGUGGCCAAGAACGGCUUGGAGAGGCAGCCCUCUCAGUCCGAGACCUGUUUCGUAAGGAAUGACCGGUUCGAGACGGAGAGCCCCAGUAGCCAGAGCUCCGGCAGCCACCAGCCGAGGAAGGGUGAGCUGGAUGAUAUUGACCUGGAGGAGAGCUGCUGUCCGUCGGAUACUAAACCCCGCAAUCAUUGCUUCACCAAACGGAGAAAAGUGGAGGGGUCAGACAGCUGCCCGCCUCAGAACUGCCGUCUCUCCUGGGCUUCAUCCCGGGCGUUGCAGCUCUACCCGGAGCAGAAGAACCCUGCAGGGCGACAGCAACAACUGGCAGCGGCCAAUAAGACCAAAGUGAGCCAGAUGCGGGAGAAACGUUUCACCUUCGUGCUGGCGGUAGUGAUGGGGGUGUUUGUGCUUUGCUGGUUCCCCUUCUUCUUCACGUACAGCCUGCACGCUCUCUGCAGAGACAGCUGCUACAUCCCCGGCGCACUUUUCAACCUUUUCUUUUGGAUCGGCUACUGCAACAGUUCUGUAAACCCCAUAAUUUACACAAUUUUCAACAGGGAUUUCAGGAAAUCCUUCAUGAAAAUCAUCUGCAGAACUUCGAAACGCACGCAAACAUAGAACAGAGUCCUGGGAACAGAGAUCUGGUUGGCCUCUUUCACCCAAUGCUGGGUGUUAUUAGCACUCAUUCUUCUUGACUGACUGUUCCCCCGCCACAAAUGAAUGAUUCAUUAUUCAAUACGAUCAUAUUGAAAAAAAGUCUGUGAAUACAAUUUAAAGUCGAGCGAAAUAAAAAAUAAAUAUUUAUAGUGCAUCAGUGUUACAAAUUGUCAGUAAUUUAAUCAGAUGCAUUUCUGCCACUAGUUGUAAUGUAUAUGCAAUUGUAUAAUAAGUCCUGAAAACAUGUACGUUUGAUCGUAAAAUCACUAAUGCUGCUGCAAGCAGGAGGAAAGUAAAAAUUGAAGUCAUGAAUGUAGCUGGAUUCCAGCAAUGCAGCUGGAUAGCAGUGGGUGUUUUGUGUAAAGAUAAAAAGGAGAUUAAUCUCCACCAUCCAUAAAAUAUGAGCAUGGGGAUUAGGAGGCAAGCUAGUAUGGCCUGUGAGUGUGUCUCACAGGGAAAUCCAAAUUAAAUCGAUAUAGAUCAAAUGGUUAAAGUGUAUCAUUCUGUGUAGAAAUGUUUGGCAUAACUUCAGGUAUUUUUGACACACUUUUAUUUCUGCUUGCUGCAGUUAAAGCUACAGCGAGACAGACAUUUCUUAUCAGUGAACCCCGCAAACCAUCUCACACCAGAACAAUGGCCACGCUGAGGCCUACGUGUAUAAAAUACAAAUCUGUGAGUUUUUAUUUCAACACUUCACAAUAUCUCAGUAUUUUUUCAGUCAAUAUUUAAACCAUGCAAUAGCACUAUUAUGCAGCACAAUCUUAUUUCUGGGUUAUAUGGUCCAGCAAAUAAUACUUUCAUUGUGUUGUAAAAUAUCUUUUUUUCACUCUCUUACAAAUAAAUUGUGACUGGUAAGAUGAGAAAAAAUAAUUUCCAGUAGAUUUGACUGACUGUGACAUUGCCAGAGGAUUGUAAGAAUGCUCACACGUUAAACAAGCUACAUAGUGUAUUCAAAAUAACAUCUCUGAACAUAGUUAUUGCGGGAAGAUCUGGAUCUCCAUCCAGCAUCAAAUCUC